UUGUGUUAUCUAAAUGGAAAACCCAUACAAUUAAAAAAUAGAGAUAUUCGUUUCUCUUCUCUGUUUACAAUCGUUUUUGAAUCUUUUACAAACAGCAUCUAUCCUUACCAGUUGUUUAUAAAUAGAUCUUUGUGUAAACUCACAUUUCAGUAUUCUCAGAAGUGUUCAUAAGUUGAGAACCGUAUAUCGAUUACCGCGCGUCUACCCGUGUCUUCUUUACAUAGAAAACGCGCCAAAUUGUACUGUUCUUAGCAAACCGUUUUGUAAUUAUUUAUCACGCCAUUGAAACUAAAUCGUGCUAUUAUAAUUUUCUAAAGAAUGCAAUUAAAAUAGUGUAAGUGGAAUAUUUGAAAGUUUGUAUUCUUUAAAAAUCAUUUUUGGAGCAGUACAAGUACAAAUAUACACAGUGUUAUAUCAAGAAUAAUAAAUGCAUUGUUGAAAAAUUUUUAAUCAUUAUUUUACGAAUAUGACUUUGACUUCAUAUAAUAUUAUUGAAGUCUUGGAUAAACUUCGUAGCAACAACUCAGUAAAUGAUACGGUUGCAAUUCUAACCUACAUUAAUAGUGAUAUUGGGAGAAUGAAUCUUCUAAAAACAAUGAAUAGUACUCAACAUCUCGAAUUAUGUCAAUUAUUAGUCGACUUUGUUAUAAAGGAUGAUGACUCCAAAAAAAAUAAAGACUUACUUAAAAGUGAUCAAACGGCUGAACAAGCUUUAGAAAAAAUACUGAAAGACAUGACAUGCGAAAUUAAUUUUUUCGAAAUUAUUUCGAAAAUUGAUAGAAAUAAAAGGCUAAAAAUUUUCAAAUUUUUAAAGACAUUGAAUGAUGAUGUUAUAUUAAGGAUCUCAAAGGAUUAUUUUACUGUAAAGUACUUGGAAGAUUGUUUAAAAGCUGCCACUCCAGAAACAAUGGAAUGGUUAAAACCAUCAGCAUGCAUUGAUGAUAUCCAGUUGUUGUUGAAAGCUGAAGAAAAAAGUCCGACCGAUUUGGAAGAUCAAUUAGUACUAAAUUGUUUAGAUUACUUAGUAAGAAUUUAUGGGCUUGCUAUAGCCGAUUCUAAUUUUCAUAUUGAGCAGUUUCACUUGCUUAUUUUUGAAAAAGUAAUACCUCUUACUUAUAUGGGUCACAAAAAACAACGAACUUUUGCUCUUAAAUUGCUAAACAGAGCUGUGAGGAUUUAUUUUGAAGAAUAUAUUCGAGAACAGCAUAAGAAAGCUCUGGAUUUAUAUAAAUGUGAUUUACAAAAACAUUAUUGUAUUCGAAUGUUAUCAUUAGUAAAAGCUAAACAGUCAGACUGGUGUUAUCUGUGGUGUUUCAGUCUUGAAAUAGUUGGUGCUGAUUUAUUCCAUGGUGCUGAUUUAAUAAAUGAUUUACUUCUUGUUGAAGAAAAAGCAUUCAAAUCGAACGACAUGACGAUUCGUCAUCAAGCUUUCAUAUCAUGGAAAUCUUUAAUUAAUAUUUUUGCAUCUAACCCAACGCAUUUUGUAGUGGCAAGGCGUAUUAAAUUAUUGUGUAUACCAUUGAACUCCAAAAAUAGCAAAACAGAGACCAUUGCUGUGACAAAACUUGAAGUGUGGUGGCAUUUGAUUGUCAAGUUGUAUCCAUAUCUUGAAACAUUCUCAAAUGAAGUGAUAUUUCAAUUUUUGAAUUUUUGUUUUGGACCACUAGGAGAAACACCACUACUCUCCACCAAGUGUGACUUAGCGUCUGCAGGAAAAAGAUUUAUAAAAGCUAGAGUGUAUGCAGUAGACGCAUUGCUUCAGUUAUUAGUUGUUGAUGAGAAAGAACGUCGUGAAGUAUCUUUAGUAUUGGAUGAAAAAAUUCCCUAUGCAGUAACAAAUUCUCUUUUUGAAAAAAAUUAUAAAAGUUUUGUACAUAGUGUCGGAGAAGCCGUAUUGAUUAUUAGUAAUCUAGAAGAUCAAAAUGAGGAAAAGAAAAUAAAUUUAAAUAAAAUUUUGUGGCUAAAUCUCAUGAAAUAUAUUCAACAAGCGAAUUCAGAUAUAAAAAUAAAACUAAAUAAAGAAUUGAUUUUGGUUAUUGGAGAGAUAAUCAAUCAUCUUGAAGAUUCAUCAUUAAUAAGCAAUUUACUACUAAAUAUUAUUCUUCCAGAACUUAUUAAAGCACCUGAAAGUUUUAUGCAUCGUGAUACAACAUUGAUUGAUUUAUUGACAAAGAUUUUAUUACCCAAACUUUUGGUUAAGAUAGAGAAAAUACAUUGGAGUGACAUAAAACUUCUCGUAUGUUAUGGAAUAAAAGCUGAAAAUAUGACAAUCUAUAAUCCUAAUGUCUUAAUAUUAUUAAAAGCUCUGACUAAUCAAAUGCAGAUAGCAAUUGAAUGUCAAGCAAAUGACUGUUUCAUUGUUGAAUUAUGGUGCAUGCUUGCUGAAUCUAUCACUAAAUAUAUUUCUGAUAAUCAGAAAAUAAAUGAAAAUACUACAACAUCGCAUAAUUUUGAAACUGUUUUAACAUUAAUUUCUUUUCCAUUGAAAAAUGUGUGCUUUAACACUUCAGAUCAACUGCCAAAAAUAGUAAAAAUAUGGCGAGAAUUAUAUAAAGAAUUUAAUAUGCAAGCAGAUUUAAUUACAACUGUAAAAUUUAAUGAAAUUCUCAACAAUGUAUCAGAAAUGAUGUCCAAUUGUUUAUUACAAGAACCUAAAUGUUAUAUUUUUAUUUCUCAUUGUUUAAGUACAUUAAUGAGUACAAUUCACUAUGGAGAGCUUCUAAAACAAGAAUCAAUACCUCCAAUUGUAAUUCUUUUACGAGAUGUGACUUCAACAGCUUUAUCUUUUAUAAAAAAUAGUUCAGAAAUUGAAUAUACGUUAAAAGCAAUAUCUUCAUUUAUUAUUACUGUGUAUGGAUUAAAUCAAGAGAAAAUUAUAAUUUAUUUGGGCAUUAUAAAUUCUACUAUUGAAAAUAUGUUGAAAAUCAAAGCUCCAGAAAGUAUCCAGAAAGAGAUUAUUAAUACUUGGGAAACUGUAGUACUUAUUUUUCGAGGUCUUUUUAAAAUGUUAACUUUCAAUUUUUUAAAUUUAUAUCGAGAGACAAUUAAACUUGGUUUGCUUCAUGCAAACGCUGAAAUAGCAUCUGAAACUUUGUCUCUUAUUGAUAUCAAGAAAGAUCUUGAUGACAAAUCCAGAGAUUUAUUAGAAAAUAUUGAAAGUGAAGCUAAGAAAAUGAUGAACACAAAAAAAAUUUCACGUGAAGUGAAGAAUGACACUGUUGUCAAUAUUACUAAACCAGUUAAAGUUAUUGGUAGUUUCUUUAAUCGACAAUUUACAAGCUCCAAAGUAGUAUCUACUAAGAAAGAUAAGGGCAAGAAAAUAAUGCCUCCGCCACCUGAACCGGAUUCACAGGAAUAUGUAGUUAUCAAUAAUGAAAUUAAAGUUAAUGUUAAUCUUUUAACAGAACAUCAAAAAGAAUGCUUUAAACAACACAAAGAUGAUAUUCCUGCCAUGUACAACGAUUUAUCACAAUCUGGAUCUUGUAAUACUCAAGAGUUAGAAAAUUGGUUUAAAGAUAAGGGAACUAAUUUGGAAACUAAAGUUACUUCGGUUGAUAAUGAUGCUAAUAAAGAAAAUAAAAAUGAUAUCACAACAGAUUUAAGUGGUGAUAAAAUUUCUUAUAUGAAUUAUUUACCUAAAAUGACUUGCUCGAAUGCAGAUAAAGUGAAUAAUGAUACUCAAGUAAUAGACGAAAAACAUGACGAAAUAAAUCCAGAGGGUGGUGAUAGUGAUAUAGAUAAAAAUAAUGAAAAUAAUCAAGUGCCUGAAAAUGUUGCAAAAAAAUUAAACUUUGAAUCUCGUGAAGAAUUUCCUGAUGAUAAUGAUCCUACUAAUAAUAAUCAACAUCAAGUAAAAGGAAUUACACGCCGUUCUGGACGUCGUACAAGUAACACCUUUACUGAAUCACAUCGAAAGUCUGAAGAACUACAAUUACCAAGAGUAAGAACAAGAUCUUCAAAAUUAAAUGAUAAAAUUUCAACUGAAUUAGAUGCUGUUACAACAAAUAAUACAAAAGGAAUUAAAAGAAAAACUGCUGAUGAAGACUCUGACAGAGAAUUAACUGCUAAACGUCGACGACAUACAAUAAUACCGGUUGAUUCCAAUGAAAAUCAAAUGCAAUUAGCUAAGAUAGGUAACCAAGACGAUACAGUUAAUUUGCCAGAUGAUCCUAAUUUACCUAAGCGUACAAAAAAAGAAAUUUCGAGGCUAAAAAUCGAUAUGGUUUUCGACAGCAAAAUGACUAGUAAAUUAAGAUCUAAGCCAAGUGACGAUUAUGUCUAUGAUACAACUACAAAAAGACAUUCUACAGAAAAUAAAUCGAGACAGAAGAACAUUAAAGUUGAUAAACAUGAACUUUUAAAUGAACCCAAUCAUGAAUUAUUAAAUAAACGAAGGCGAAGAGAUAGUAAAAGUAAUCAACAAUCUAAAAAUGAAUCUAUUGAACAUUCAAAAAGUGAAACUGUUAUUCUAAAAAAUAAUGAAGAUGGUAAAGAAUUUACAGACAGUGAAAAAGAUUCCGAUAAGAGUUUUUUAGAGAAAGAUGACAGUAAUGAAAAAUCAAUUAACAAUCAUAUCGAAAAUGGCAUGAAAAUUUCUAGUUCACCAACAGAAAUUUCAACAAUUGUAACCACUGAUAAACAACAAAUGACACUAGAAGACGAAGUAAUAGAAAGUUCUCAAGAAAGUUCUUUAAUCGAAAAUUCAUUAAAGAAAAAUGAUAAAAAAUUAAUUAUAACUAAUGACAAAAGUGACAUAUCUCCAUUACCAUCAGCAAGAAAAGACUUACAACACAGUCCAUUACUGACGACUUCAUCAACUAAAUCUAGCUCUUCUGAGAAUAUAAAGACUCAUCAAUCUAAAGAAUUACCGUCUGAGGAGGUCCUUAUAAGUAAGUCUCUAGAACCAAAAAUGUAUAUUCUAAAAUCAAAGGAAAAUAAUAAAAAAAACAUUAUUAUUCCUUAUUUAUCGCCUAAGGAAAAAAGUAAGCUAAAAUUUAAAAAUUAUUCUUCUAAUGGUCGAGCAGCGCAUAUGUUAAACUUAGUAACCAAGCAGGUGAUUGGAGAAAAAAGUAAAUUAGGAAAACUUUCUGGUGAAGCUGAAGAAGAAAAAAAUGAACAAGAAACAACUAAAGAAAUGAAUUUUGAUAAAGAAAUUGAUACUUUAGGUAUGAAAAAGGAAACGUUAGGAUUAUUUAAAGACUCUGAACGAAUGUCAAGUCCUAUUGGACAUCGCCAGGAAAAGAUUUUUAACAAUAUGAAGGCAGGGAAUUGUUCAUCGCCACCUCCUAAAUUGUUUUGUAAUUUGAAAAAUGAUGGAGAAAAAAUUUCACCUAAAAUGGAAAAGUCCGCGAAGAAAAUAAAUAAACUCUAUGAUCAUGAUUAUACAGAAAUGAAAGAAGAUUCAAGUAUUUCAUUUGAGAAAGAACUACCUAUUUUAGAAUGGUCCAGCGCCAAUCCUCCAUCAUUGACCGCUUCUCCAAGUUCAAGUAUUCUUAAAAAACAACGACAGGCUUUAUUAGAUCCUGAUAUUGAUACGACACCAACACAUAAGAGAAAAAGAGUUAGUUUUGCUGAUCCUCCAGUAUCUAAACAAAUGGGAUAUGAAAUUAUUAGUGAUAUGUCACCUUCGAAAUCAAAACUUGGGUCUUCCUACAGUUUUCCAGUUAGAAAGGGAACUCCUUAUCGAUCACGGCAGCUGAAGUGGAAGAUAAUUGAAAUUCCGACUGACAAACAAAAUGAUUUUUCAAAUGGAAAUGAGGUUGAUAAUCAAGAUCAAAAAGAUAUCGAUUUUACUAAUAUUUCAAUUACUAUGGAAGAACAAUAUAAAGAUAUCGAAGAAUCAAUUGUAGGUCCUAUGGAAGUUGAUUUCAAUUUUACUGAUAAUUCACUACAUCUAAUUAAGGGACUGAACAAUAAUGAUAAUGAAUUAAUAAAUGAUCUUGUCACUGAAAAUCAACCAGACAUUUCUAUAGAGGUAUCAACGACACAACAAGAUGUUUUUCAUGAAGAUGAAAAGAGAGAUACAAAAAAAUCAAAUGGUAAAGAUAAUAAUGACUCAACUAUUAUGAAGAUAAUUAAUGGAUCUAUUGAGGAAAAAGAGUCAGAGGCUCUAGAAGACACGGUUGAUAUUCAAAAUAUUAGUAAUUUAACUGCUAACUCUGACGAUUUAGAGAACAAAUCAAUAAAAUUAAAUUCUUCAAAUGUUGUUAUCGACAAUUUAGCCGAAUGUGAUACUUUACCAUUAACAGAUUCUGUAUUCUUAAGUCAAGGCUCUAUACAGAGUACUCAUGUGUCAUUGAAAUCUGAAUCAGUAAAUGAAAAAGACUACAUUUAUUCUGAAUUAUUGGACUGUGAAAUGCCAAUAGAAAUGAUUAUUCCCCAUUUAGUCAAUCCAUUGUGGAAGAAAAAUUUAAUUAAAUAUUUUAACACGAAACAUAUCAAUACUAUUGGAGAUCUAGCACGGUUAACAGAACAAGAUGUAAUUCAAAUUCCUCUGAAUAAAAAUUCAAAGGUGAACUAUGUCAAAAAAAUACUUGAUGAAUUCUCAAGAUCUCUUAAGUCGAAACAAAAAUAUACAAAUAAUUUAGAAAUUGUUAAUGAAACUAAAGAAUCUCCAAGUUUUAAUGACAGUGUUGAUAUAUCUUCACUAACACCUUCAGUCCAGCCAAGUGAUGAUUUAAAUAUCACAGAAGUUCUGACUAACCAAACUCCUGACAAAGUUUCUGGAUCUUAUGGUUCAAUAAUAUUAGACACAUCUAUUUCACCACCAAAGAAAACUUCCACAGAGUUAAUUAAUCAAAUUCAAGAAUCACCUGUGCAAAAAGUUUCAAUUGGUGUCUCAACUGAUUCAUCUGUAUUUACUAACACUCAAACUGUAGAGACUCAAGUGAUGUUAGAAGAACUUUUAGAUGAACUUGAUUCAAAUUUGGUGCUUGAAAAUGGAAUAAAAAGAAACAAUCAUGAAAGAGUUUUAGAAGUUUUGGAAAAACAAUCACCCAACAUUAGACACAAGGUUCUUAAAAGAUAUUUGACUCCUGAUUACAUAGUGUCUUAUGUGAAGGACGAAAAAAUACCAAAAAAAGAUUUACUGAGUAUUUACGAAGCUAUUAGUACUCAAUUACCAGCAAUCGAAUGGGCUGAUAUUAUUGCAGAAGAUUUGAAAAAAAAAAAUCCGGCUUCGUAGAACUGAUGAUGAAAACAAGUAGUAUUAUUAUAUGUUAUAAUUUUACUGAUAAAUUGUAUUAUGUAGGAUAUUAUAAUAUAAUAAAUCAUCAUAAACAUUUUUCGUAUUUUGAAUGAAAAAACGUAAUUAUUGAUUACUUUG